CUCUCUCUCUCUCUCUCUCUCUCUCUCUCUAGAGAAUGGUUAUUCCAACAUUAGCUAUUGUUCCUCUUCUUUUCCCAAUCUUCUUCAAUAUAAACUUCCGCAGCACGCAUGCCGACUUGCAAUAUGGUAAUGGUACUGCAACUUUCUAUGGAGGGGAUGAUGCGUCCGGCACAAUGGGAGGAGCUUGUGGAUAUGGAAACUUGUAUACCCAAGGGUAUGGAAACAACACUGCAGCACUAAGCACUCCUCUAUUUAACAAUGGGCUAACCUGUGGGGCAUGCUUUCAGAUCCAAUGUAUUAAUGACACACAAUGGUGCUUCCCCGGGUCCAUUACUGUCACUGCUACAAACUUCUGCCCUCCAAAUUCUACUGGUGGAUGGUGCGACCCUCCAGGCCAAAACUUUGAUCUGUCUGUGCCAGCUUUUAGACAAAUUGCCAAUUUGACUGCUGGAGUUAUCCCUAUUUCUUUCCAAAGAGUGCCCUGCGUGAAGAUAGGGGGCAUAAUGUUUACAAUCAACGGCAAUCCCUGGUGGAACUUGAUUUUGAUCACCAACGUGGCCUGCGCUGGCGAUGUCCAAUCGGUGUCAAUCAUGGGGUCCAACAUGACGGGGUGGGAAGCCAUGACACAGAACUGGGGGCAAAACUGGCAAAGUACCAGCUACCUAAUUGGCCAGAGCCUCUCCAUUCAAGUCACCACAAGCGACGGAAGUACCGUAACCUCCUACAACGUGGCACCCUCUAAUUGGACGUUUGGGCAAACUUUUGAGGGUGGUCAGUACUCGUGUUAAUUAGUAUUGCAAAUGGGAAUCGAACUUCAGGGCUUGGAUUUAGACUCAUGGAAGUUGUUAAAACACAAAAUUUAAUGCUAAUACUAUUACAGGGGAGCAAGGGAAAAAAAUAAAUAUUUGCUACCAAGCCAAUAACAAAGGUAGAGUUCGGAAAUAGUCGUGUAAAAUAUGCACAAGUGUGGUAAGGUCAAAGGUGUAAGCUUACGUAAUUACUGUGAGGUGAGGUUAGGAGAGGAAAGGGUAGAGUUUAUUAGGAGGUUGGGAAGAUAGAGUGAUCGGUGUAUGAGUUGUAGUGGCUGGUUGUUAUUUGCUUGUGUAUUGUAUAAGUUAGAGUACUUAUCUGUUGUGUUUUGUGAGGGAGAGGGCAAAUAGAGAGUGAGAGAGCAGGGAACAGGGACCGAGUUCAAAUGUGAGGAAAAGUUGUAACUUUGCAAAG